CGAAAGUGAAAUUGAACCGGAUCCGUUUCACAGCCCUGCUCCCCGCCUGCCUGGGCCUGUCCCGAUUCCAGAGGAGCCUCUUGUGUCUUGGAGGCCGACGACCCGCGUUGGGAAGGGUCCCUCUCGGGGAGGGUCACGGCGGGCGGACACCGGGACAUGCCUCGGGCGCGCCAUGGACCCGAGGCAGGGGUGUUCCCUCAACAGAUACCAAACCCAUCCCGUUCAAGGCUAUGAGCACAGCAAGCUCAGACACCAGCAGCCGGGGCUGGGAUCUUAUCCUAAUAGUUUCCAGCUCCAGCAAAUAGAGUUUCUCAAGGGGCAACUCCCAGAAGCACCCCUAAUUGGAAAACAGGUACCAUCACUGCCACUGUUCCUCCCUGGACUCAGGCUAAGGUUUCCAGGACCGCCUGCCAGAGGUGGGUACUUUGAGAUCCCGGGUGUCCCCAGGGGCUUGCCUCUCAGAAGUCAGGUGCUCCCAAGAGGGUUCCAGCAUCCUUUCCCACGUGGCCGGGUUCGGCCAUGGAGCGGUGUUGAUAGGCUCUCCGCACGUUUCCAGGAACUGACUAUCAGCCAGGAUCAGGAACAAAGGAUCUUAAAGCUCUUGGCGGAGCUUGGGGAAGGGAAGGCCACCACAGCGCACGAUCUGGCUGGGAAGCUCCAAGCCCAAAAGAAGGAAAUCAAUCGAGUUUUAUACUCUCUGGCAAAGAAGGGGAAGCUGCAUCGGGAGGCAGGAACGCCCCCUUUGUGGAGACUUUCAGUUCCGGUUCAGGCUUGGAACCAGCCCAGCCAAGUAGCGAGAGCAGACAGCCAUAGCCAGGGAGCUCCAAGCUCAGACUUCAGUUUGGAAACUGAAGACAGAAGCUUCACAUCUGGCUUGGAAGAUCCUCCUGAGCCUCUCGACAUGGCUGAGAUCAAGGAAAAGAUCUGCGAUUACCUGUUUAAUGUGUCCAGCUCCUCUGCCCUGAAUUUGGCUAAAAACAUUGGCUUCACCAAGGCCCGAGAUGUGACUGCCGUGCUGAUUGACUUGGAAAGGCAGGGGGACGUCUACAGGCAAGGGACGACCCCUCCCAUAUGGCAUUUGACCGAUAAGAAGCGGGAGAGGAUACAGAUCAAGAGAAACGCGAACAACGUUCCGGAAACCACUCAAGCUGCUAUCCAGGAGACCAGAAAAAUCGCAGACCUCCCCACUUGCAAUUUACCUGCGUCAGAUGCCUCAAACAGCAUGGUCACCACAGAAAAAGUGGAGAACGGGCAGGAACCCGUCGUAAAGUUAGAAACUAGGCAAGAGGUCACACCAGAACCAAUAAAACUGAAACCGAAACCACCUGUUCAUGACAAUGGCCCCUCCAAAACAGGGUAUGUUGACUUUGAAAAUGGCCAGUGGGCCACAGAUGACAUCCCAGAUGACUUGAAUAGUAUCCACGCGGCACCAGGUGAGUUUCGAGCCAUCAUGGAGAUGCCCUCCUUCUACAGUCAUGGCUUACCACGGUGUUCACCCUACAAGAAACUGGCAGAGUGUCAGCUGAAGAACCCCAUCAGCGGCCUGUUAGAAUAUGCUCAGUUCGCUAGUCAGACCUGUGAGUUCAACCUGAUAGAGCAGAGUGGACCACCCCAUGAACCUCGACAGCUGGCCCAGCCCUGCACCAUAGGCUCUUCCAAGCCAGCGGACAGAUUGAGGAAGACAGCGAAACCAGCUCUUUUCUGGAGCAGGUUUCGGGGUAAGGUGCUUGUCUUUAUUCCCUGCUUCUCAUCCCCAAGGUUCGUUUACCAAGCAAAAGUUGGGGGUCGCUGGUUCCCAGCCGUCUGCGCACACAGCAAGAAGCAAGGCAAGCAGGAAGCAGCAGAUGCGGCCCUCCGCGUAUUGAUUGGGGAGGACGAGAAGGCAGAGCGCAUGGGUUUCACAGAGCUUCCUCUUACAGGCAGCACCUUCCACGACCAGAUAGCCAUGCUGAGCCACCGGUGCUUCAAUGCUCUCACCAACAGUUUCCAGCCCUCCUUGCUUGGCCGCAAGAUCCUGGCUGCCAUCAUCAUGAAGAAAGACUCUGAAGACCUGGGUGUCGUGGUCAGCUUGGGGACAGGGAAUCGCUGUGUGAAAGGAGAUUCUCUAAGCCUAAAGGGAGAAACCGUCAAUGACUGCCACGCAGAGAUCAUCUCCCGGAGAGGCUUCAUCAGGUUUCUCUACAGCGAGUUAAUGAAGUACAACCCCCAGACUGCGAAGGAUAGUAUAUUUGAGCCUGCUAAGGGAGGAGAAAAGCUCCAAAUAAAAAAGACCGUGUCGUUCCAUCUCUAUAUCAGCACAGCCCCAUGUGGCGACGGUGCCCUCUUUGACAAGUCCUGCAGCGACCGUGCUGUGGAGAGCACAGACCCCCGCCACUACCCUGUUUUUGAGAAUCCCAAACAAGGCAAGCUCCGCACCAAGGUAGAGAACGGAGAAGGCACAAUCCCAGUGGAGUCCAGUGACAUUGUGCCCACGUGGGACGGCAUUCGGCUGGGGGAGAGACUCCGAACCAUGUCCUGUAGUGACAAGAUCCUGCGUUGGAACGUGCUCGGCCUGCAGGGGGCGCUGUUGACCCACUUCCUGCAGCCUGUGUAUCUCAAGUCCGUCACACUGGGUUACCUUUUCAGCCAAGGGCAUCUGACCCGUGCCAUUUGCUGUCGUGUGACAAGAGAUGGGAGUGCGUUUGAGGAUGGACUCCGACAUCCCUUCAUUGUCAACCACCCCAAGGUUGGCCGAGUCAGUGUAUACGAUUCCAAGAGGCAAUCCGGGAAGACCAAGGAGACAAGCGUCAACUGGUGUUUGGCUGACGGCUAUGACCUAGAGAUCCUAGAUGGGACCAGAGGCACCGUGGAUGGGCCACGGAAUGAAUUAUCCCGGGUCUCCAAAAAGAACAUUUUCCUUCUAUUCAAGAAGCUCUGCUCCUUCCGGUACCGCAGGGAUCUACUUAGACUCUCCUAUGGUGAGGCCAAGAGAGCUGCCCGUGACUACGAGAUAGCCAAGAACUACUUCAAAAAAAGUCUGAAGGACAUGGGCUACGGGAACUGGAUAAGCAAACCCCAGGAGGAGAAGAAUUUUUACCUCUGCCCAGUGUAGUGUGAUCCGGUGACUGAUGGGUCAGGGUGUUUCACACUGGGGUGAGAGAGAGAGGUCGUAGCAUUCCUCAUCACAUUGGUCAAGGGUUUUUGGUUUUUGGUUUCCUUUUUUUUGUUUUGUUUUGUUUUGUUUUUAAAUGGAACCACAAUUGGUAACACUGAGAACUUUGGGUUCCUGUUUUUCCUGCUUUCUUUGGGAUUACUAGGCCAGGUCUAGCCAUCCCCCUUCUCUUUUCCCAAGCAGAGGGGUAGAGACCUAAGGGCAGAGAGAAGGGGUUGUUCCUUCUUUGCGCCCACUUCCUCUUCCUUCGUUUUUUCCUGUUUCCAUUCCCUUUGUGUUUGCUACACUGACCUCUUGGUCUCGAUUAGGUUCCAGUCAACAGUGUGAAUCAUGCCAGGGACUGAUGAUUUUUCAUUUGUGGAUUCUGAGGCCCCUCUGCUUCCCCUCCUCCCCUUCUGAGAUUCCUUCAUGAUCAUUAAGUUUUACCUUUUCCUCCAAGAGGGUAAAGAGAUGAACUUAAACAAUCAAUUUGGUGAAACAUUUGUAAGGGCAGGAGUUUAAAACGGCAGUCAGCUUGUUACCAGUGCCAAGCGUGAUUAGAAUCUGCAGAUAAUGCUCAGUGAUCUUCGGAUUGUGCACUUUAGCUGGCUUGGGAGGGGCCAAGAGGCAGGGAAGGCUGCUGCUUGGGAAGUGCAUCCCUUCCCCAGGUGGCAGGGAAGGCUGGGACCAGCCAGACAGGGCUAAAGGAAUUGCCCGAGCAAUAGGGAAAGUCUGCCCCGCAGGGGUGACACAGACCACUUCCUGGGGAAGCAGACAUAUCUUGGCGUGUUGCCAAGCUCCCAGCUGUCCCUCCUAAAGCAUUGCUAGGAAUUUGUCCUACCAAUGGGGGAAGUAGCGCCAUAGACCCCAACCAACUGGUAGGGAAAAAACCCAGGAUAAAUCCUAGAGGGUAAAUCAUCUCUGCUCAGAUAAUCAGGACCUAGCAGGAAUAAGGGCAAAAAAUCAUGUUGGGUCAGAUCACUGUUCCACCCAGCAUGUUUCUUAUGACAGUGACACCAAGGGAAGGUGACUAAAUCAUGGGUAAAUUGGGAGUUUUAAAAAGAAUGCCGUAAAUGUUGAUUCCUAACAGCUACAGAUAACCUGUAAUUGCACAGAUUUAAAAGUCAGAUGUCAUUUUCCAUUGAUUAACCAAGUGCUUUUGUUUUGCCUGAUAGCUUCAGAAGGUUGUUUGUGGGCGGGUCACAGACCUGAGGUCUCCCUGCCUGCUAGGGAAUCUUUAUAGGGUUGACAUUCAACAGUAGUUCUAGGUGAAAGGGCAGGUUGUCCUAAAACUCUGUGAGAUGGGACCCUUGGUCUACCCCUCAAGGUACUGUGGACUCUUGUCAGAGCCUUUGACUCUCUGUGGAGUCUGGCUCUGGGCCUAAGCCAGCCAGACAUGCUCAAGGAAAGUACAGAGGCCCUGCCACCUCCAGGCCUGAGCCUCUUUCCUCUGGAUGAUUCCUCUAUCAUUAUCUGUGAGCAUGCCGAGCCAGUGCCCUCAGAUGAUUUUCCAUCCUCCCCCACACCCCGCAAGCUACCGACUAGUUAACCCCCUGUCUGUCCCACCUCUUCAGCAGUGGAUACAUCCGCAUCCACACAUUUAUUCUUGUGGCUACCGUUCUCUCUGUACUUUUGACCAAAGUGAGAAAACGUAAGUCUUUAAAUACAUUAAGGAUACCUUUGCAGAACACCAAAGUGUCCCAAGGAACUAGGAGGGAAACAGUGCCUGUCUUCUGGGGUGGAAGGGGCCUGCCCCUCAGUCCUGUGACUCUCCUGAUGGCACACAAAAUCAGUCCUGCCCCAGGAGGCAGCUCAUCUCCCUAGUUCUUCAGGCUGGAGGGUAUCACCUACUGAUUCCUCGGCAUGUUCGGCCCCUGUGGACCGUCUUGGGCAUUGGAAUCUCCUGCAGAGCUCAGACUCGGCUGCCUCUUCUUUAACUGGGAGCACGGGUGCUCUCAAAAGGUCAGAGCCCCUGCUUGCCCCAAGAUCUUGUCUAGCGAACUUACAGUAUUCAGUUUCUGCUGUAGGGAGAGAGCAAGGCUUCCCUGUACCCAUGCAUCUGCCGGAAACAAGCCUGUGUCAGGCCCUGCGCGGCCACGCCCACCCCUGCCCCUCUGAGUCACAUGGGACAGAGGCAGAACUCCCCCCUAGAGUGUUCUCUUCACUUUUUCGUCCAAUCUUUGUUUUUAGUAAGCAAGACCUUCUUCUCCCCAGCUUUUUCUUUUCUUUUUAAUGAUCUUUGUAGUUGAUUUGUCUGAACUGUGGCUAUUGUGCAUUCUUUGAAUAAUCACUUGUAAAAACUGUCACUGCUUCAAGCUAUUUCCUUUAUCACGUUGGAGGGAUUUUGCUGGUUUUUGGGGUCUUGGUAGUGACUCCAAGAGCAGAGUGGGGAAGAGCCCAAGCGUAGACUUGGGUGCCACGAUGGGUGCAGUCAGUUUUAUGAUUCCACUUUUAUGUGUCCCUUGGUAAAAGUGACUAACAAUAUACAUUCCUCAUAAAUAAAAAAAGAGAAGAAUCUUAAUUGUUAGAAAA